UGGACAGAAAGAAUGAAGAAAAGAAAGAAGGGUCAAUGGAUGGACAGAAAGAAAGAAAGAAAGAAGGAAGGAAGGAAGGAAAGAAUGGUCAAUGGAUGGACAGAAAGAAUGAACAAAUGAAGGAAGAAAGGAUGGCAAGAAGGGUCAGAGGAAGGACAGAAAGAUGGAAGGAAGGGUCAAUGAAAGGAAGGAAGGAAGUACAGAAAGAUAGAAAAGAGGAAAGGAAGAAAGGAAGGAUGGAUGGCAUGAAAGAUGAAAAGAAGGAAGUAUGGAAGGAAAGGAAAGAGGAAAGGAAGGACUGUAACGUUGUUCUUUUUUUUACGCAUACAAUAAAUAAAAUAUAUUUUAUUUUUGUUCGAAUAUAUCCGACUUUUAUUUUGAAAUAAACGACGAGUCGGUGCACAAUCAGGAAGUGGCGUUGUAGAAGGCGUGUACGUAGCGCGCGUGGCUAUCAUGGAUGUCUCAGCGUUGAUUUGAGGCAGCAAGAAUAUAGAAUAUCUACAAGAAAAAAAAAAUAUGGAGACUACAAACACUGAAGGCUUGAUAUCCUGUGAGUGUGAAGUGGAUGAAAAAGCACCUGAAGGUGAGAAAGCAGGUGAACUGCAGGGCCAUGAAGUCGUACCUGAUCCAGGUGUAACAGGGCUGAUUACGCAAAUGGAAACGUCUGUGUCUGGGACCGUGGAGAAAGACUCUCUGGGCCAUGAGGUUGUUUCUGAGAUACGUACAGCAGAGAUCACUCCAAACCCGAAUGAGGCGAUGGAGACGUGCAUGUCUGAACAGGACAGAGAUCAGCACCCUGAAACUUCUAUUGGGACUGUAGAGGAAGAUUGUACGGGCCAUGAAGUCGUGCCUGCAUCGGGAACAGCGGAGAUCACCCCGAAGCCGAACGGGGAGAUGGAGACGAGUGUGUGUGAACCGAACGGAGAUCGGCACUCCGACGCUGAGAAGAGGACUGUAGAGAAAGACACAGUGAGCCCUCUCCUUGGAGGAGGAGGAUCUCUGGCUCUGCUGAGCGCACUGUACCGAGAUGAGAGCGCAGACGAGCUCUCAGAGAGUGAGUCGGACUCCUCUUCAUCAACAUCUUCCUCAUCAUCAUCUUCCUCAUCCGACCCCAUUGUCAUGGUGACGAAUCAGCUUGAGCAGGAUGAAGAGGAAGACGGUGUUGCUCCUGGGAAAAAAGCAGCACCAGUGAGAACUCAAGAUGAGCUGCUUAUCGAGGACCUUCCUGCAGUGGAGAAUCUGACCAUCAACCUUCCUGAUGGCACCGACAUGGAGCCAGUUGGAAUCAUCUCAAGCAUCGUGGAUCAACUUGUUAUCAUCGAGUCUAAAAAGGACACUCCGACCCUGAACGACGACAGCGUCUUAUUCAACAAGGACAGGAUGUCUAUCGGCAGGGUGUUUGAAGUCUUUGGUCCUGUGUGCCAGCCGUACUACAUCCUGAGAUUCAACUCUCAGGAGGACAUAGAACAGAGGGACCUCAAAAUAAAGGAGCCGGUUUACUUUGCCCCCAAAAUCAAAGACUUCACUGAGUACAUCUUCGUAGAGCAGAUCAAGCAAAUUAAAGGAUCCGAUGCUUCAUGGAAAAAUGACCAGGAGCCACCGCUAGAGGCCCUGGAUUUCAGUGAUGAUGAGCAGGAGAAGAUGGCCAAGCAGAAACUGAAGGCACAGAGGAGACCACAGCAACAGAGACAAGAAGAGUCUGACUCGGACAGUGAGUCCUCGGCCAGUAGACCCCCACCUCCCCCAAGGAGAAAACCCCGGCAGAACAGGAACCCGCCGCGCGGCCGGCCCACGCAUCACGAGCCUCGUGGUGGCUUCCACGCUAACUAUCACGCCAAUCCUCACUUUCAACAAGACUUCAUGCACCGACCUCCUGACCUACAGGCCCCCUUCCGAGGUCAUGGGUACCCUCCCUACCCCCGAGCCCCACCUCCUCCCAUGGGCAUAGACCCCUGGCACCCAUGCCCUUACCCAGGUCCCAUGUUCUACCCUCCUCCACCACCACCUCCAUCAAACUAACCGAACAGAACAGUACUAUCUCAGAGCUGGAGUGACUGAGAGCUGAUGUGGAAAUGAAGAGAUUUUUACUGGAACGUUAUUAAAGUGUCCAUGGUGGAUGUGGAUGUGUAUAGAAGAAAUUAA